GUCACCAUGUUCCCCUGGGUGCUUCUGACCUGCGCCCUUCUUUGUGCUGCUGACCCUCUGCUGAGUGGCUUUGCCCGCAGAGACCUCCAAAAGGGCGCCCCUCAACUGGUCUGCAGCCUGCCUGGCCCUCAAGGGCCUCCUGGUCCCCCAGGAGUGCCAGGACCCUCAGGAACUGUAGGAAGGAUGGGCUUUCCUGGUAAAGAUGGCCAGGAUGGCCCUGACGGAGACCCCGGAGACAGCGGACAGGAAGGUCCACCUGGUCGGACAGGUAACCGGGGGAAGCCAGGACCAAAGGGCAAAGCCGGGGCCAUUGGGCGGGCCGGCCCUCGAGGCCCCAAGGGGGUCAGUGGUGCCCCAGGCAAACACGGCACUCCUGGCAAGAAGGGGCCCAAGGGGAAGAAGGGGGACCCAGGCCUCCCAGGUCCCUGCAGCUGUGGCAGUGGCCGAGCCAAGUCAGCUUUCUCCGUGGCAGUGACUAAGAGCUAUCCACGGGAACGGCUGCCCAUCAAGUUUGACAAAAUUCUAAUGAAUGAAGGUGGCCACUACAACACAUCCAGCGGCAAGUUUGUCUGCAAUGUGCCGGGGAUCUACUACUUCACAUAUGACAUAACUCUGGCCAAUAAACACCUGGCUAUUGGCCUUGUUCACAAUGGCCAGUACCGUAUCCGGACCUUUGAUGCCAACACAGGCAACCAUGAUGUGGCUUCGGGCUCGACCAUCCUGGCCCUCAAAGAAGGGGAUGAAGUAUGGCUGCAGAUCUUCUACUCGGAACAGAAUGGACUCUUUUAUGAUCCUUACUGGACUGAUAGCCUCUUUACUGGCUUCCUCAUUUAUGCAGACCAAGAGGACCCCAAUGAGGUGUAGAUGGACAGAAAGAGUCAAGUCUUUCAGAGAACAAGU